AUGGAGAGACCGCCGUCUGGGAGUUCAAGUUUGACUUCACUAUUCGGAUGUAGGAUUCUUAGCCGUCCGUGUGAAGGGCACACAUGGUCCCUAUACAUUCAUUCAUUCAUCCACGGUUCUACCGUCAAGCGCAUCCCAUUGUCAGUGAUUGUCGAUGGCGAUGACGAUGAUGGGGAGAUUCAAAUGGCAAGUCACAGCGAGUUUUGGAAACGGGUUAAUGUCAAGACCAAUGCAUCCCGGGCGGCUAACAGUCCGCACUUCGUUACCACAAAGCUCAAAGAAGCUUUUCUAAAGCCUAGCCCCGAAAACUAG